AUGUUAAUUUUUGUCUUUAUUUUUUGUUUUUCAAUCUUUUCCUUUUUCCAGGAUCCCAAAGUUAAACGCCAUUUUGUACUUCUUCAUGCCCCGUGGGAAGUGCUGGCCAAGAGAGCGGAAGCGAUGCGUUUGAAACUUCCUUUUCAAGAAAACGAUAUUGUAUUCAAAUCUUGGGCAGAGGAGAGGAUUGGAAAUGAGAGGAUGCAGUCAUUAAGAAGACGAAACCCUCUUGUCGUUCAUGACCCCACCUUCGAAGGGAAAGGAAGCUUCUUUAUGGCUAACUUUAAGGAAGCAAAGCUAACCAAGUUUUUGAACUAUCAAAACAGAGACGAGUUGUUUGACGAUGUUGAUCGAAUCUACAUCGUGCAACAGAUUUGUUACAACGCUCGGUUCGCUGAGGGGUCUCAUGGCGUUGGACUAAGGAAGAUGAUCUAUGAAGGUGCCUACGUUGCGGGAUAUCCACUUCAUUCUGGUCCUGUUGAUCUGGAACGCGUGGAACAGCCGACUAAUGAUCGUCAGCGGCUGAAGCGUGACUGGGCCAGGUUUGGAAGAUGGUUCAAAUUUCAGCCAUACGGUGAAAUCAAGGAUUACUUUGGAAGUGAGAUAGCCUUGUAUUUUGCUUGGCUUGGGUUCUACACGGCCAUGCUUGUACCCCUUGCCAUCAUUGGCUUUGUUGUAUUCCUUUACGGAAUCGGAUCGUCUGCCAGCCAUAUUCCAGUUAAAGAUGUUUGUGACAGCAACAACACAGGAAAGUGGAUCAUGUGUCCAUUAUGUGAUAAACAGUGUAGUUACUGGGAUUUAGCUUCAAGUACGUGCCUUUACGCAAGGAUAACACAUUUCUUUGACAACGACUGGACUGUUGGACUUGCCUUGAUUGCCUCAGUUUGGGCUACACUGUUCCUUGAGUUUUGGAAGCGUCGCCAAGCCUCAUUAGCUCAGGAGUGGCACACUGAUGACUUCGAAGAGGAAGAAGAGCCUUUGCGUCCCGAAUACUCAGCUACAGUAACAACGCUUAAGAAGAAUGAAAUCACUGGCAAGAUGGAACCAUACGUUCCAAAAGCUCAACUUUACAGUCGUCUUGCUGGAGUGGUUAGCAUCAUCAUCUUUAUGAUCUUCCUUGUCAUCGCAGCUGUCGUUGGUGUCGUUGUUUACCGUGCUGCAGUGUUUGCCUCUCUGAGUGGAAACAAUGAUCGAAGUAUUCAGACUCGUGCAAAGAUCAUCACUUCGGCUACAGCAGCUCUUCUCAAUCUCGUUGCAAUCAACCUCCUGAAGUUCGUGUACAGCAAACUGGCUGUGUGGCUGACUGACUGGGAGAAUCCGCCAACUCGAACCGACUAUCAAGACAGCUUCACCUGGAAGAUGUACCUGUUCCAGUUUGUCAACACGUACGCAUCCAUUUUCUACAUCGCCUUUUUUAAAUCUGGAAUGGUAGUUGGGACCCCAAGCAGAUACAAGCGCGUUGCUGGAAGCUAUCGUCUGGAUAGCUGUAGUGAGCAAGGAUGCUUCCUUGAGCUUUGUGUUCAGCUCCUUAUCAUUAUGGUUGGACAGCAGGUCAUAGGAAAUAUCACUGAAGUAGCCAUCCCGUAAGUGGCUAUCAAAUUUUUAUGUAAUUUUUUUUAAAGAUUAUUAAUUUAAAGUUCUUAGGAAAGAGCCAUUAUAGGACAGGCGUUAUAUUAUCUAGUGUAUCUUUCUAAGUGAACAAUGACCAUAAAAACAAAAAUCCAGUAUUUCCUAUUUGAAAACUGAAUUCUAAUUGAAGUGUCUUGCAGUUACAUGUAAAGUACAGAGUAACAAAAAAAUACCUCUCGCUCAAGAUGCAUUCUUUUUUGUUGUUUUUUCAUGUUAAGACUUAAACGAUGGUAAUAUUUAAAUUUUUGUUUUCUGUAGAUCUAUCAUGUUUUGGUUUAACAGUCGAAAAGAGGUAAAGGAAGGCCUUCCACAAUACCAACGCGAUUUUGACUUGAGUCCACCAGGUGACCACUGCAUGUUUUGGGAAUAUCUUGAAGUUGGUAAGUUAGCUCAACGAUAAUGCUCAGCUUUAAUAAUUACUCAGUAACAUUAAUCGGCAAUGAUCAAAAAAUUUUGAAUCUGUUGCAAUGCAAUGGCUGCACCUAACAGUCCUUAAAAGACUAUAAUAAAAAGGUAUGAUAGAAGGGAAAGAUAGAACCCUGGGGCCUGUUUCUCCCAGAAACUGUUCGGACCCGGAAAGUUGUUUCGCGUUUGCCGUGUUUGAAUUCAAAAUCAUAGUUUCCAUAAUUUUGAAAAUUAUACAUUUAAAACUAUCGGUUAACGAAGCAAAAUUGACUUAUUCGUGCGCUGGGAACUCCGCUAAUAUUCAAUAGGUUUUGACUUAAAAUUUGCCUUCGGGCCCGAAAAGUUUCUGUACCUUUCGUGACACAGUCCCCUGGUGGUUUUCAGUUCCUCGACGCAAAACAAAUAGUAAGUUGAUAUAUAACGCAAUACAAGUACAAAAGGAAUGCAGCAAAGAUAAAACAUGGGAUAAGUCGGUUAUUUAUUCUGCGUCAGUGUCAUGUUCAGUAUCAUGACUGAUAUUUAUAUGUCUCCUAGUUUUAAAAUACGUUCAUUAAAAAUUUGCUUCAUGAUUGUCAUUUCACAUUUUGUUAUACAGUUCUGCAAUAUGGAUUUGUCACGAUGUUCGUGGCCGCUUUUCCCCUGGGCCCUCUGUUCGCCCUUUUAAACUCCGUAGUUGAAGUUCGUGUGGAUGCUAUCAACUUUGUGUGUCAGUUCAGGAGACCAGACAGUACUCGCGCUCAAGACAUUGGAGCUUGGUAUCGCAUCCUUGAAGGAGUAACAAAAUUGUCAGUUCUAGUGAAUGCCUUUGUCCUAGCCUUUACCUCCGAGUACAUCCCUAAGCUUAUAUACAAGAUGAAGUACGCGCCAGACCACGAUGAGCCUGGUGGUGGAACGCUUCAAGGUUACAUAGACAACAGCUUGGCGCUUAUUACUACGGCCUAUAUCGAACAACAGGAGCCAGGGACAAAACCAGAUGAUCCCUUGGAAAAUUUAAGAUCGCUAGGGUCACCCUACGAUAACAAGACCAUUACAACCUGCAGGUAAAUAUGCUACUAAACCAAGAGAGGAUUAAGUUCUCUUGACUAAACUGAAGAGUUUCAAUAAAACAGAUAAUAUUUUCAUAAAACAGAAUAAAUAAAUGAAUAUUGAAGAAGUAAAUUGAUAUCAUGAAAGUGAUGCGUGUAUUUAGUGAUUCCAGGGUUAUACACUUAGUGUCGUCCUCUCGGGGAGCGAAUAAUGCUGACGGGAAGGGGAGAGAGGCCAGGGGUGGGAGCGAGGGAAAAGGGCGAACAAAAUAAGGUGGUUAUCUUCAGAUUACACAUACUUUUUGGCUACUCGGGGAAAAUGUUUUCUUGUUAUCCCGUUCAUUACUGUGUUAGACUUCCUCGUUGUUUCAACUUACCAGAAACUGAUUGAAAUUCCAUCACUUUUGUUGCAUUUCAGGUACUCUGGUUACUUUGAAAGCUUUCCUCCGUACAAGCAGAACAAACAGUACUGGCAAGUGAUCGCAGGUCGCCUCGCUUUCGUGUUCGUGUUUCAGUUUACAGUUUACGUCAUCACCAGUUUCAUUGCGUGGCUUGUCCCAGAUGUUCCUAAAAACCUGGAGUUGAAGGAAAAGCGUGAAAAGCAUCUUACCAAACUAACAUUCAAGAAGAAAGGUUACAGCAAUAAUGACAACGAUCAUUACAAUCAA